UGCGUCGAGCGGCGGUUGAGUUAGCGGCAUUGCAUUUCGUUGCAACAAUGACGUGUGUAAGCAAUAUGUGCACUUUUGACGAAUAAAUUUACGCGCGUGUAGCAAAUGUAUUGAUGUAAUUUAGGCAAGAAAUACGGAGAAAAUUUGCUUGAAGUUGUUGUGGCAGGCGAAAUAGUUAAGUUGAAAAAAAAUUUAAUGAUAUAAAAGAAAAUGUGAACGAAAAUAUAAAUUCUGAUGAACUGAAAAAUUGUUGGCAACAAAAUUUUACCAAAAACUUUACUCAAGAAAAAGUAUGUUAAAAAAGAAUACUAAGUUGAAGCGCAAAAUAAUGAAAUAAAAAAAAUUAAAAAUUUUUAAAACUCUUUAAGGAGAAAAAAGACCGAAUGGAGCCCCCGCGUGUGAUUGUUUUAAUAAACAUACUUGAUUUUUGCUGAUAGUUAAGUUUAAACAACUCCUGAAAGGUUUACGAGGUCAAAUGACACGACCGUCUGCCUACGCAACAAAAAUGAAGAUACUAUCAAUAGCUAGUCAAAAGGUUCAAUCAAACGGGAGAAAUUAAAUUCGCACGUGUAAACGCCAAUUUUCUAAAAACAACAACUGCAACAACAGCAGAGAAAAGCAAUGAGCCAACAUAACAAAUUUAGGCCACACAGACAACCAACAUGAACAUGAAAACAAAAUAAUCAAAGAAAGCGAAAGCAAAUGUCAGCAACAAUAACAAGCAAUAAGCAACAACACACUUGCGUUAAAAAGGAAAUUAGCUCAACAACUGAAAUUACCACGCUGGAAGUUUGAGAAUACGCCUAGCUGCACACAGCACGCUUCCAGCGCAACAUGAAUUGUUGCUUGGCAACAUGUUGCUAGGCGCUGUCGGCAACAAAAUAGCAACGCUGGCGAUGACGGUGUCGUGUUAAGCGAAGUGGAAGUCGCAAGCAACAGACAGGAAAACCAACAAACGAAGCGGCGAACGCGUGAGGGUGUGUGAGCGCGCCUGCAUAUGUGUGUGUGUGCGUCUGUAGGCAGCGAAGUGACAACAUUUUGAGGGCGCGACAAGCAACAGCCACAGACUCAAAGUAGCUGGUGGUGUUGGAGCGCAGCUGACUGGAUGUGUGGAGCUGGCUGGCUGGCUAGCGGUAAAGUGGCGUUCGUGCUUGCUCGUGCGGUUAGUCGUAUGCUUGACGGUUCCGGAGCGGGUUUGUGUUAACGGAAGAGCGCAAAGUACAACAAAUUUCGUAUGCGAACAAUUGUGGAAUUUAUGAAAGGCGAAAGAUUGUCGUGUCGGUGGCUUAUGGAAAAAAGACAGAGUGAAUCAAGUGCUUGAAAAUUUUCAUGAAGCUAUUUAACGGUACUGCGGUUUUAAAUCGUUUCAAGGGUGAUUAUUUGCAUUUAUUAAGGAAAAUUAAAAUAAACAGUGUUUAAAAAAAUUUUGAAAAUUAAAAUUAUUAAAAAAAAAAAAUAAAAAAAGAAACAACAACAAAAAUUAGUUUUCUGUAAUAGCCUUGAGCAAAAAAGUGCAACAAUUGACCACUGCCAAGUGUUUCGACUGAUUUUAUUAAACUUGCAACAUGAACUAAAAAUAUAUGCUUAUAUAUGUAUGUAUGUAUGUAUGUAUGCACCUAGUGUGAAGCGCGUACGGGAAAAUUAAAAAGUGGAGAAACUGUGAAAAAGGUUCAAAUCAAAUUGUGAAAAGUGACAAAGUGUUAACGCCACUGGUGACAUUUAGUCUGUCGAGCGCGUAUAUACGCACUCACACACACACACGCACGUAAAUUAACAAUUUAACGCAGCUUGACAUUGCCAGCAUUGUGGUUGCGGCAACUUUUACCGCUCGACUAUCGCUGUGUGUCGGCCUGUCCGUCGCACUGUCUGCUUGCCGUGUUCUUCGCACUUAAUUAAUGUCAAGUGGGCAUCACUUGCAUUAUGCAAUUUAAGGCGACAACUCGUUUCGCGUACGCAAACUGCAGCAAAAUUAACAACAACAAAAGUGAAAACAACAACAUCAACUCGAGCAAUUACAGCGAAAGCAGCCACGACAACAGCAGCAGCAACCAUAACAACAACAACAGGACUGUCGUAGAGCGUCGUGAUUUCGCGUUGAUCUAUGCACAGCUACAUGCAAAGCAGCAACAACAAACGCAGCAACAACAAAAUAAACAACUAGUGCAACUCCGCGUGGCACACAAAAUGCAAACUACAACAAAUACAAAUACGGAAGUAAACUGCAUUUGCGCGUCACUACGUGGCAACAACAACAACAACAACAAAAGCUGUUGCAACAACAACCACAGCAAAAACUUCAACUCACAAAGUGACGCAUACACCAGCACAGCCGCGACAAUAGUUUGCAACAUGGCAGCUGCCACAAUCCCAACAGCAAUGACUGAUGACAGUGGGUGUUGCAAGUGUGCAAGCAGCAACAAUAUGCAGCGUUGCGGCAAAGAUGUUGAUUACAUUGCUGCUGCUGCACCAGCUCCGGCCGCGGCAAUGGCGGUGGCGUGCGCCGAACGACCAACGCCAACACAAUGUUGCAAGCACGACAUGCAAGACAGCCUUAGCAAGUACAAUAAGAACAAUCAGCACAUAUGUGCAGUUAACUGGAAAAACAAUUUUGUGGCAAGUGAAAGUGCGAAGAAAGAUUGCAAACAUUCCGCAGUGAUUAGAAGCAGCGGCGGCAGCAGCAGCGGCGAAAAUUUACUGGCAACAGCAGCGGCAGCAGCUGAAAUUAAAACCAAAAUAACAACAAAAACAACCAGCAUGCAUACCGCAUUCGACAUUGGCAACUGGAAGAGCAUAUGCGCUAUGAUGUUGUUGUUAUUCUGCUUUACAUGGCAUGAUUACGCUCAGGCCGCUCUCAGCAACGUCAGCUUAUAUAUUGAGCCACCAGCGGUGCGUCGUGGUCAGUCGGUCAUUUUGCGCUGUCAGUAUUCGCUAGAAGGUGCGCCACUUUAUUCGAUCAAAUACUAUCGUGGCAAUUAUGAGUUCUACCGUUACACGCCGGGUGAAUUUCCAAAUGUGAAACACUUCCAAUACCCGGGCAUUAAGGUGGAUGAAGUUAUCUCCAAUGCCACACAAGUUGUUAUACGCGACGUGAAAUUCACUUUAUCCGGCAACUUUUCCUGCGAAGUCACGGCCGAUGCACCACUCUUCUCCACCGCCACCGCCUAUGCGCAAGUACAAGUUGUGGAAUUUCCCGAGAAGCGUCCGCAACUCUUUACCGAACACGCGCGUUAUGAACCAGGCGACAUCUUGCGCGCCAACUGCAGUACACCACCCUCGAGACCACGCGCCGACCUACAAUUUACGCUCAACAAUAUACCGGUAUCAACGGGCGAAACGCAAUACAUCAGAACGGUUGACAAUUUAAUAGCGUCGAGACUGAGCCUGAAACUGCAAUUGCAUGCAGCACAUUUCGUUGCCGGCAUUAAUACCCAGCACUUGAUGAAUCACCUGGGCGGCAGUCAGGCGGCUAUGGGUGUAUCCUAUAAUACAGGUGUUGGUGGUGGCGCUAGCGGUGUUGGCAAUGGCGGUUUGGUUUUGCGUUGCACAGCACAAAUUGGUAAUUUGUAUCAGGAGUACAAGGAAAUCGAAUUGGGCACACCGCAAAAGGAUCCAGUGCCCGCACGAGUGACAUUGUCAUCCGGCUCUAGUCUGCGUAAUUUCUUCGAAUACUUCUCGGCGGCCAGCUCCGCCGCCUCGACGACGGCCACAUUCACGACGCAGAGCAUAGCGCAUCCAUUGAAAUUGACAGUAUUGGCAGGUGCUGUAUGGCGCUCGCAAGCGCUGCUCCUCGGCAUGGCAGCUGGCCUGGCCGGUGCUUACAGCACAUUAAGGCUGAAGCCAGCCACCAACGUCAGCAGAUAGUUCAAUCGCAGCAGAUCGAACGCAUUAAUGCAAUGAAGACGAUGGCAGUCGAGGUGGCGAAAUGGAAGCUAUUGGCUGAAGGAUGGCCUGUGAAAAAGCUGAGCCAAGCUAUCUAGGAGACCAAAAGCGGAGGAGCGAAGCAUAAUUAUAGGCGAUGCAACAAAAGCUUUUAAUUGCAAAGGCGAAAGCGAAACGGUGAAGACACAAAAAGCGCACGCGGCGGAGAGACGAUACUAUAAGUCAGUUUAUUUAAGUAAUGAAAAACACAAGCACACAUACACACACAUGCAUAUAUACACGCGUAUACAUAGUGUCUACACGAUAAUUAAGUUAAUUAGGCAGAGCUUAAGAAUUGAACUGCUGUUGGCAAAUAAAUGAGCGAAAAGUUAAUAACUUUUUGUUGUUGUUUUUGUCCUUUUUUUAACGGCAUAUUGAAGUAUGCGAGAUUUGCAUGUUUGUAAUUGAAUAUUGUUAAUUCUGUUCUGUACAAUUUACCAUGUUAAUUAUGCAUAAGUGAGAAAAAACAACAAAACAGAGAAAAAACACAUUUAGCAAAUAAGGCAAAGAAAUUAAAUGAAAAAUGCAAAACAAAUAAAUAUAAUACUUACAAUAAAAAAAAUAUUCUAGGUGUUAAUUAUUGUGGAAUAAUUGAUAUUAAAUAAAUAUUUGUAAAUAGUAAAUGCGCACGCAAUCUAACGGUUAAGCAAAAUAAACAAAGGCGAAAGUAAUUAAUGCAAAUAAACACCAAUACAUAUACACUCGCAUAUACACAUACACGUGCACACGCAAAGCUAUGUAAAUCAAAUAGUGGCUAGUUUAAAUCUUCUACAAAUAUUUUGGUUGAACAACGCCUUGCGAGUACUAGAGAACUCAUAAGGAAUGUUCAGAAAAGCAAAUAAAAUGUUUUUCCAUAACAAAUCAAUUUAAAAUAUUAUUUGUAGUGAGUAUACAUAUAUUCACUUAAUUAAAUUUUUUUAUAUUACAACUAUUUAAAUCUUCAUUUAUCUUUUUAAGAUUUACUCAUUUGAUACUCAGCAAAAAUAAGUUUAUAUUAGUAUUAAAAAUAAAAAAAUAAUUACUUAAAAUUACCUAUAGUUUAUUUCGGUACAUUUUGUAAGUUAUAAUACAAUAUUUUUUCAUUAAAACAAAUUUAUUCCUCCAAAUUUUUUCAUAUUUUAUAAAUGUCCAAAAAAUAUUAAUUUAAUAAAUACUCAGAUUUAUCAAAUAGCUUAGAAAGCUCGUUUUAAUAAAAGCCAUUAUACAUAGAUAAAGAUUUAAUGUAUAGGGUGCUCCAUUUUGAGCUUUUCUACUUUUUUAAACAAAAAGCUCAAAAAAUUCAGAUUUAAAGGGGAAUGUUUGUUAUCAUUCGAAAAAACAUUCUUUGGCGUUUACUUUUUAAAAAUUAUCUUUAUCAAAUGUUGGCUGCAGCUACGGCUCAGAUGUCCUAUCCGUUAAGUCCAAUUUUCGAUGACUCGUUCGACUAUUUCGACUGGUAACUGGCGAAUGACACGCGUGAUGUUUUGCUUCAAGGCCUGAAUCAAAGUCCGCAUAGAUUUUAUACUUUACAUAUCCCUAAGUGCGCCAAGUCGUUUCCAUACGUCAGUCCGAGUUGCUACCAACGGUGUCGAAUCGACUCUCCACGGUCUUCGUGUACACUCUCAGCUUUGGCUGCUAUAUUUUCUUCAAUGCGUGCUGGGCAUCGUCUAUUCGGUUGAAUAUUAUUCAGUAAUGAAUGCUGGGUCUCAAGAUAGGUGAUGGUGUUGCGAUUAGUUAAAAAAAGGCUAUUGAAAAAAGUACCUCUUCUGGAAUCACCCGUUAUAAAAAGUAAUGUUGGCGUAUUAAAAAAGCAUACCUGUGUAACUUAGUAUUAAUUUAUAUUCUUUAAGAACACAUAGUAAAAUCAUUGAAGCAAAAAAUUAAAUUCUUCUUUACAAACAAUCUCCCACAGCGCUAACAAAAGUCCUCCGGUGACGCAGUGAUUUUGACCUUCUUUAUGGGUGAAGCCAAAUAAAAAUUCGUUUGUCCUUUAUUUUAGUGCCAAAAUUGCUCAAAUUCGCCUCAAAUUCAGCGUCGUGUCGGAGACAAUGAACUCAAGAUAUGUCGAACUAUGUCCACGAUGACCAAAGACCAGACUCCAGAGGAUCAUAACUGCUGACGAAUCGUGGGCUUAUGUUUAUGACGCGAAAACUAAAGCUCAGCCAUCUCAAUGGAAGUUUCCGCGUGAAGUUCGAAUGUGAUCGUUUUGUAACGGUUUUCUGCGAUUGCGAAGGCGUCGUGCUUCAUGAGUUCAUGCCAAAGACGGAUUUGUGGGACUACAGAAAUUGGCUUCGCACCAUGAUGACGGCCCUGCUCACGCAUCGUUGAUUGUGAGCGAAUAUUUGACCGCAGCCACCGUCUUUUCCAGAACUGGCUCCCUGUGACUUGUUUUUUCUCCACACUGAAGAGGCCCAUGUCAUGACGACGUUACGCUUCGCUUGAGUAGAUACAAACUACAUCGAAAAAGCAGCUAAACAAGAUCACGAAAUAUGUUUUUUUAAGUGCAGUUGCAGAAGUGGAAUAUAUAGAGUGGUGAUUACUUUGAAGGGGAGAAAAUAUAUAUUUAGAAAUUUGAAACUUUUUCAACAAAUUAUUUUUAACAAACCUCGAGUCUCAAGCGACUUUCAAAAAUGUAGUUUAAGGAUGAACUAAUGAAUUGAGAUGCAACAGCAGAAAGCAUUAAUUGUUAAGUGAAAAGAACCUGAAAGUAUAUAGAUAUAGAUAAAUUUUGUAAAACUUAAUUGCACAAAUAUUUCAAUUAAAAAUUCAAUUCGCAGAUUCAGUUAUAAAAUGCUGGUACUUCUGCAUUAGCAAAAAUCAAGAUGGAGCUUUCUUUAAGGGUCUGAAAACUGUCAAACUUAUACUUUAAUGGCAGGGUAAGAAAUAUUUGCGCACUAGCAAACAAGAAUUGAUAAAUUUUCCUUCAAAAUUCUUAUAAAGAUAGCAUAUCCCUGCUGCGGGAUUAUAUAAUUUAACAUAAUUACUUAGUGAGGCAAAGCAAGUGCUCGAUUAUCUUAAGUUAAUUAUUGUUUAGAAGAAAUGAGUUUCAUAUUUAACAUGUCAUUGAAUUACUUCACUAUUUUCAUAAUUUUUAUUAAAAGGUUCUUUUGAGUGCUUUAUUGUAUUAAAGAAGCACAGUGCCUCUGAAAAAAAAAACAAAAUAAAUAGCAGUCAGUCAGCACUGAAUGUUUUACCUUGCUUUAAUAUCGAAGCAUCUAUUGCAACUGUUCUACAAAUUUCAAGGAGCUUUUCACACCCUGUCACUUUCGCAAAAAGCCAAAUCCUAAGCUGAGUAUACAGGAAAUUUAAAUUUAAUGAAUCGAAGCCAGUCAUUCUGUUAGGGAUUUGUAAUAGAAUUAGUAUUUCAGAAUAAUUCCAGCCCUUCAUUGACAAGAAUUAUUUGUUAAGUAUUUAGUUCAAAGUUUUAUACCGUUUUCAGUCCCACAUUUCUCACGAAGUCAAACGACGCUUCUAAAUAAUAAAAUUAAGUAAUCUUAUAUUUUUAACAGAAUAAAAACCUAGUUCGCAUUUAUGUGAAGAAAAGUUAACUGAAAUAUAUAUUUUUUUUGUUUAUGAAAUAAAUUGCGAGCUUCUUAACCAAACUUACUAACAUAGCAUAUUAUAUUGGACAGUUUUCGUCAGAAAGUUGACUGCCUAGAAUCUUUUAAAAGAUUAUACGGCAGAAACAUUUACUAGUUCCAAAGUUCUGCUUGAAUAAGCAGUAGCACAAAUUAGCUCUCGGUGGUCCGUUCGAGUGAUUUUGGUGCAUAGUUUGGGUAUGAAACGCGUUCUUUCUGGACUCGUCCCUAUAAAACUAAAUUUUUUUCAAAAAAAGUAGAGUAAAAAGGUUGUCUUUUGGACAUGCUUGAUCGACUGAAUUCCGAUACCACAUUCAUAAAGAGCAUUAUAACUGCCAAUGAGACACGAGUUUAUGAGUUUGACAUACACACAAGUCAACAAUCAUUGGAAUCGGACCCGUGUUACGUCUGCUGGGGAUUACUUUGAAGGCGAAAAAUAAAUACUGAUGAAAAAUUUAAUAUUUUGCGUUUUACUUUCUGUUUUAUUAAACUUAAGUAGAAUUUGUUUUUUUUUUUCAAUAUUUGGUACCGCAUAUUUUUCUGCUGUUUCAACCUAAGCUUCUGUAUACAAAGCUGAAGUAAAUCUUCUGAACUUGUCUUAAAAUUUAAAGAGUAUUUUACAUUAUGUUCGCGCUUAAACCAAAAAAUUAUGCAGACUCAAGAAUUUUUUUUGCAGUUAUAAAGUAUAAAGUAUAAAUUGAAUUAAAUAUAUAUGUACAUAAACCAAAGAAAUGUAAUUGUAUGAUUAAAAGCAUGUUGAAUUGUUUCAAAUGAUUUAAAAAAUACAAGAAAAAAAGCUUUUAAAAACAUGUGUUUAAAAAACAACUGUUAUACAGACAUAAAUGUUUGCAAUUAAGUACAUAUGUAUGUUAACACUCGCAUUUACAUGCAUGUACAGGGUGAGCCAAUUUUUAUUUUUAUAUGUAGGUUAAGGCAGAUUAGAUCAUGACAUUGACAUGUAAAAUAAUUUUAAAAGUUUUUAGUCGAUCGAGUUGGUACCAAGAUAUGUCUAACUUCAACUCAGUUAAAUUGUCGGCAUGAGACACUUCACUCCGCAAUAAUAAACUGGAAUAUUGGCGAUUUGGAUUGAGUUGAUUUUGAUGAGGCACGAAACUCAUUUCAUAAUAUUGUGUCUGACUACGUUAUUAAAAAAAUGAAUUUUGGUAUCCACUGUAGGUCUCUAAAACAUGACCAAAUUGUGAAUGAAUAGUAGCGUGUUUGCGAAAAAUAACAUUUUUGUUAGUUAGUUGCCCAGCUUUAUGAAAUAGUCAAUAGAAAUUGAUAAUUAUGGUCUUAGCUCUAUAUAUACAUAAUGCAACAAAAUCACCCAAAAUGAUAUUUCAAAAAACGUAUUUUACUAAGUUCGUAUGACUGUCCUCAAUUACUAUGCCUAAUAUGAGCGCUACCUGUCAAACAGUUUGCUUUAUUUCUAAUCAAAUUUCGUGGACGGAAUUGUUGUGAAUGAUGGAAAAGCCUUACCGUGGUUUAGUUUCAUCAAAUACACAAACAUAUGGGUGGUACUAAACUUUCAAAGGCGUUAGAGGAGUCGGACAUAUUCAUGGAGAGCAUUAUAACUGGUGAUGACACUUUGGCUUAUGAGUUUGACAUACAAACAAGUCGAAAAUCAUCGGAAUGGAACCCAUUUUCGUUCGAUCGAAGAGAUAAAACAAAAUUCGCUGAAGGAGCUGAAGGCCAUUCCAAAAUGUGCUUAUGAAAAGUUGGGGGGGUGGGGAUUAUUUUGAAGGCAACAAAAAAAUACUGAUAUUUAAUUAAAUAUUAUUAUUUACAAUUUCCGGUUACUUUUUUAUAACAAUGUAUAUUCCAUGUACGUAGAGACACGUUGCGAAAAAAACUAUUUUCUUUCUGCCACAAAAGCUUCAAAUACAUAAAACCAAUAACAAAAAGAGGUGACGGUGACUAUUCGUACAGAUCAACAAUUGGACUACGUCUGAUAUAUUUUUGUGGAGGGAUCUGAAAAGCACUGUUAAUCCAGUAAACUGCAAACAGCGCUCUAACACUGGACAUUUUGGAAAAGUAAUGGAACUUACAGCAAAAUGAUCCUGUGGCCAAUAGAAUCGGCCAAUCGAUUCAUGUUGUAUUCAAACAAAUCGCUCAAUGAGGCCUAAAUAUAAAUAUCGCGUUUAAAAAAGGUUAGCAUUUUUUUCAAUUCUUUUCUCUAUUUUCAUACUAACACCAAAGAUGACACACCCUGUACAUAAAAACCUUUAAAUAAUAAUCAAAUACGCAUAAGUAAUGAAA